AGGUGAGCCAAUCCGAGCGGCGGAUGAAGAGAGGUGCGGUAUGGCGGAGAAGCGUCUCGAUACGAAGACGCUACAAGUAGCAGCCUGAAUGAUUAGCAUUAAUUUGGCCAUAAAACGACAUACUACACUGCACUUAAAAGCCGGAAACUGUUGUAAUAAGUUAACAGCUAAACGAUAACAGUAGGCGCGUUGCGUUUGAAUGUCCGCCAGACAUAACAGCGUUUCUACAAGUUAGAAAUACUUCGGAGACACACACCGUCAGCCAUGUUGAAGCUGAACCCCUGGAGGGAGAAAAACAAACAAUUCAAACACAUAGCCCAUGGUUUGGUCCCUGCCGCCUCGAUCGCCCCCAAGGCUGCUGUGCCUCGCACCCCACCCCCGCGCAGUCCCGCCCCCUCACCCGAGAGACCCAGAUCGGCCUUAGCGGCUGCCAUUUUAUCUUCUUCGCUGACCGGACAGACAUGGGUGCUCCCACAGGCCCGUCCCCGGUCUUUCUCUGAGAGUGACCAAUCAGAGUGCUUGCUUUCUGAGCGCAACAUCUACACACGUGAUCGAUGGUCAGAAGGCUUUCUGGCUCGUCCACCUCUGUCUUCCUCUAAUCACUCCGAAGAGGAACUGCAGCACCAGGCUGCUGAAGAGGAAGAGGGGGAGGAAGUGGAAGAUGGACGAGGAGGCAUGGAGGAGGAGGAAUAUGUCUACCGUACUCUGGAUAGUCGGAAGAAGUCUUCAGACAUGGAAGCACUAGUCUGCGCUUUGGCGUUAAAGCACUCAACAAGUUUGCCUCAGUCAAGUCCGAUGUUGACCAGCAGGGAAUCUUCUCCAGAAUUCCAGAGGGAAAACAUCAAUGUGCUUCCUCAAGCCAGUGGCAGCAAGAAACUGAAGAAGAGAAAAGACUCCACAGAGAAGAAGGAAGACAUGCCAUGUAGGCAUCUAUCAUCCAUUUCCUGUGCAGCCACUAGCCACCCCAAAGAGCCAAAAGCGCAGAGUAAGCUACCUCGCCAGUCCAAAGUCCUGACUGAGGACUGUGAAGCAGUGAAAGCCUUGACAGAGAAGAACGCCUUGCUGGAGGAGAAGCUGCGACACCUGGAACAGGAAGUGAGUCGCGGGCGAGCCCAGCCAAUCAGGACCUCGCCUACAGUCAUGCGAGCAGAGCUACAUGACGCAAGGCAGCAGGCUCAGGAGCUAGUAGAUGAAAACGACGCUCUCAAGCGCACCGUCCAUCGUCUCAGUGUGGAGCUGAGCGCCUACCAGACCAAAUACAGGAUACUCAACAAGCAGGAGAGCUCCAGAUUAAGCAGCCUACCAAAGACGGGCUCUCCUCCUCCAUGGCUGGUGGACAUGAAGUAUUUGUCUCCUCUGAUGUUGGCCUACGAAGAUAUGUUGAAUGAGAAAGACGCUCUCCUACGCACUGCUGAGGAGGAGGUGAAGAAGCUUCGGGUACACGUAGAGGAGGUGGUGAAAGAAAAUGAGAUGUUUCACCGUGAAAUGGCCAAGAAGACUAGAGGCCUCAGCCAAGAGGAAUGCCACCAAGUGCAGCAGCUGGCCAUGCUGGUGCUGCAAGAGAAUCAGCUGCUGAGUGAGCAGCUGGAGGCUCUGAAUGCCAAGACUGAGGCCGAGCACAGCAAACACCUGUCUGAAGUCUUCCCAUUCUUCCCCUGUGCAGUGUCCGGAGUGUCCAAGCGGCUGAUGCUGCUCGAGGCAGACAACCAGCGUUUGCAGGAGCAAGUGGACGAGAGUAGGAGGGAAGCACAGCAAAGCGAAAGGGAGGUGCUCACUCUGAGGACCUGCCUCCAGGACGCCGUUACCUGGGACGAGCACUGCAGCAUCAGCGGGAAGCUCAGGCGGCAGCUAGAACAGGAGCAGAGCAAAAACAGAAGUGAGGAGGAUGAGGCGCAAGCCCUCCGCCAUCAAAAUCAAAGCCUGCGAGCAGACAAUGCUAAACUGAUGGCGGCUGUGGAGAGGGCGCAGGAGGAGCUAGAGAAGAGCAGACAAGCCAACAGAAGGACAAAGAGGCAUCUAAGCGCACUGAAGCAGCAGAAGGACGAGUGCGUGCUGAAGGAGGGCAAGACGCGCACUUACCUGGAAGCCGUUGUUUCUGUGGCGGAUCGCAUCUCGCAGGAGCGUGACCAACUUGUACACAUGGCAUCCAUACUGCAGCAGGAAAAACAGGGAUUCAUCGGCAGCAUCCUGAACGGGACCGUCCGAUUCGGCAAACUGCAGGAGCGCGUCAAGGUGUACCGCAGGCUGGCGUCCAGCCGACUGGCGGCGCUGGAGGAGGAUGCGGCGGACAAGGCGGCUUCUCACCGCUGGGAGAUGCUCCACCUGCAAAGGCUGCUGGGAGAGAGGCAGCAGGCGGAGGAGAGGCUGCUGCAGUCCAAACGCGAUGUGGAGGAGGAGCUGGAGGUGGUGUGGCAGGCGGCCACCAGGGAGAACCAGCAAAUCAAGGAGAGUCUUUGGCACUCCGGGCCCGCUGGUGACAUCCUCCUGCGGGCUUUUGCCGACUCCGUCUCCCCCGAGCGUCCACUGAGCUUCCUCAAAGAACAGGAUUGUGAUGAUAAAACCAGACAAGGUCUGGAUUUCUACAGCUAGAAGAGAGCAUCGCGCAGGCAUAAUUUCUAUUUAUUUAGACAUGAUUUUGAAAAUGUCUGUGGCAACCCUACCCCCGGUCUUUUUUUUCUUUAAUGCUUGCGACACUAACAGUAACUACCAGGACACUGCAUAUUCUCAGUUGAUCUAUCGAAUGGACGCCAGGAAAUCAUUUUGAUGACUGAGGGGGGGAAAAAAUGAUGUUGACAGAAAUACGGUGUACAUUUUAGAAGAAUCAAAUCUGAAUAUUUUAAGAAACAAAUAUUUAUUUUUGUCAAGGAUAAAAUAAUGAAAUUGAAUAAAAAUGUGUAAUUUUAAUGGAAAGAUAAUAAAUAGUGUUCCAGUACGAUUCAACACAAUGCAUCUUUAUUUAUAUAGUGCUUUCACAACAGCCGCAUCUGUAACAAAGCGCUUUACAGAACAUUUCAUGUAAAGUAACAAAAAUAAUACAACAUAACACAACAUAAAACAUGGACAAUAAUACAAGCGUAGCAACUAUUCCUGCAUACACUUGCUUAUAAAAUCAUGAAACUUUGAGUGAAACAACAGUCGGGUCGCCAUUGUUACUGAGAAAUGGUUCUCAACUGACCUACCUGGUUGAAUCAAGUCUAUAUAAAAUAAGUGUCAUUUUAAAACGUCAUAUUAUAAUGGCCAUAAAAAUAAGGAUCAAAAGUAAAAAUGCGUGCAUACAACAGUGAGAAAGUGUCAUGAGAAGAAAUUCAUUAAAAAAAAUUCACAGUGACCUUUUUUAGGACGACAAAGUCACAAGAUUAUCUGAAAAUUAUUUAGUUUCACGAGCAAUAAAUGUAUUCAACAAAUUAGAAAUAUCACCAGGAGCAAUAUUCUUUUUUUUUUUUUUUGAUCUGGUGCCCACACAGUCAAAUAUUUUGUGUGAAGUCUUUCCAACUGGAAGCGCCGUGUUUGAGUGGGAGAGAAAGAGGGAGGGUGCGUACACGUGGGUACUUGUAAAUGUGUUACACAUGCUCACUUCUCAUCAUUGUAACCUUUGAAGCUUCCUGUGUAGCCAGUGCUGAAGGGGGGGAAAAAGAAUGCUGCUUCAUUCUCGGGAUUAAUUCGGAUUGCGCAAGACGCUACCAUCCUCCUCGUACUUCACGCACCUGCAGGUAACAGAUUUUUAACUCCUUUGAACUAUAGUCUGUAAAUCAGGGAUGUCCGCGCUUUUUUGUUUGAGGGCCACACUGAAAUUCUCCAACUUUUUGAAACAUGCUAAAGUCAAGUCAAAAAUGCAAUCAUAUAUUGUCUAUGCUGUCACAUUAAUUUCAUCAGCUUUGUGUUAAAUGUGUUAAGGCAUCCAUGUGUGUAUGUAUAUGUAUUUAUUUUUUAUAAUGGCCUACCCUUCUUGUACAACAUGGACAUGUAAUUGGAAUGAAAUGAUGAUACCACAUUU